GUAUAAAACACCCCUGCCCCGUGCCAGGAGCUGCACAUCUGCUGCUGGCUUCCUCCGCUCGCCUACCCAGCCAUGGACAGCUCCCUGCACGCCACGCUCGGCCUUCUGCUCGGCUGCUGCCUGUGGGGCGCAUGGGGCCACACCAAGAUCCACGUUAGCAACGGGGGGAUAUGGGGCACGUGGGGCGCAGAACAGUCCUGCCCCGGCAACAGCUUCGCCAUUGGGUUCUCCCUGAAGGUGGAGCUGCCCCAGCUCGCCGGGGAUGACACGGCGCUGAACGGGAUCCGGCUGCUCUGCUCUGACGGCAGCACCAUCCAGUCCAACGUGGGGCCGUGGGGCUCGUGGGGCCCAGUGAAGAAAUGCCCCUCGGGGCAGCGGCUGACCCAGUUCCGGCUGCGGGUGGAGCCCUGCCGGGGCCUCAAGGACGACACGGCCGCCAACAACAUCGAGUUCGUCUGCACGGGCGGGGCGGAGCUGAGGGGGGACGGGCUGCGCCGGGGCAACUGGGGCCCCCAGAGCUGCUCCUGCGGCCCGCGGGGCAUCUGCACCAUCGCCACCAAAGUGGAGGCCCCCCAGGGCAAAGGGGAUGACACGGCCCUGAACGAUGUCUACUUCAGAUGCUGCAGGCCUGAAACCCUGACCACCACCACAGCCAAUGGCUCCCACCUCCGCAUCAGCCCCUCCUCCAAGACCUGGGGGGGGAGGUCAGACCCCUAA